UAAAGCUUUUGAGUUGCUGUAAAGCUUUCUGAGAUUUUUUUUUUAAUAAAUGAAAGGUGAAACACAUUCAAACUUCUUUCAUAAAAAACAAAAAAAAUGUUGACCCAAACCCUAUAAUGGCGAGAAAAAAAAUAGAAAUCUGAUUUUAAGUAAAUAAGUCUUUACUGUUACUUAAGCUUGCUUAACUAACAUAAAAAAACAGGAAUUUUAUAAAAAUAUGGAUGUAAUCAGCAAUUAUUGGUAGGGAGAAUUGUUAUAAGCAAGCUGUGUGCAUGUAUUUCAGUCUGAUGUCAGAGGUGAUAAAAAGCUGUUGACUGGUAGCGCUUGUGUGUCAAAAUCAGGAAAUCGUAUUAACUUCCUGUCAACUCACUCACCCCCACAACAGAAAGACAGAAAACACAGAAGCUGAAAAUAAAAACCUGCUCCAGAGUGACGGACGAACUAAAUAAAACUUUAGUUUCUUGUAUUUAGAGUCUAGCUAAAGAAAAUACCCUGGAAAAUCACAUGAAACUCGACUCGGGCUCUGAAUUUAGCUGUUGUGAGAAAUGCCUAUGAAUCAGAGAGAGGAAGAGUCCACCCCCUUGGUGAUCAGAGACCGGGGAGGCAGUCAGACCUCCAGCUCCAGUGUGACCCCUGGUUUACAAGUGCGCCUCUACUACUUUCCUGGCACAAAGACUGGAACGACGAUACACAUUUCAUCCGGGCAGAUUUCUGCGGAAAAUGUCUGCAUACAAGCAGGGGAGACAUGUGGAAUCUUACCUGUGUACAUCAACCUCUUUGGAUUGGCAUCUGCAGAUAUGACGUUUUGGUAUCCGCCAUCGCACAUGUUUGACUCUGAUGAGAAUUUAGAAGUCCACUUUAGAGUCAGGUUCUUCUUUAGCAACUGGUUUGGUCAGGGAUCGAAAGCGUCAUGCCGCUACAGUCUGACAAGAGACAGAAUCAGUCCUGUGCUCGACUACAACGUCAUAGAUUAUCUUUUUGCUCAGAUGCGCAGUGAUUUUAUCUCCAGCAAAGGAGGAGUGGAGCCACCGUUGAGUGUCCAAGAAGAAUGUCUGGGCCUCGCUGUGUUGGACUUGUGGCGAAUGGCAAAAGAACGCCACCAGAGCAUAAGAGAGCUUUGCAAAACUGUGAGCUAUAAAUCAUGUCUUCCUAAGUCACAUCGCCAUGACAUCCAGAAACGAAACCGGCUGGACCGCUACAGAAUCAGAAACACCCUCAAGCGCUUCUUAAAGAAACUUGGAAACUGCUCGGUGGAUGAGUGCAGCUUAAAAAUCAAAUACCUGAUAGAGCUGGCCGGCAUUGAGCCCUCCAUGGGAAGUGAGACCUUCCACGUGAGCCAUUCCUCUUCCCACUCCACGCCGGCGUUCACACUUGUGCGAGUCAGGGGAGAGACAGGAAUCCAAACCAGUGGAGGUGCUGAUGCUGACGGCAACCAGAAGUGGGAGACCUUCUGUGAUUUUGGGGAAAUUAUCGACAUCAGCAUAAAGAGGGUUUGCCAGGACCAGGUUCCACAAGACAGCAGAAUGGUCACAAUAACUCACAAGGACGACAGAUGUUUGGAAGUGAACUUUAAGAGUCUCAAGGAGGCGUUUUCCUUCGUGUCUUUGGUGGAUGGUUACUUCAGACUGACUACAGACUCCAACAACUUUUUCUGCCAAGACAUUGCACCUCCGAGUAUUCUAUACAGAAUCAAAAACGACUGUCAUGGCCCAAUCACAUCAGAGUUUGCAGUGAACAAGCUGAAAAAGUCAGGAAGUAAAGGUGGCACUUUCCUUCUGCGGCAGAGUCCCAAAAACUACAGCAACUAUUUCCUCACUGUCUGUGUUCAGACCGAGCUGGGACUUGAUUACAAAGACUGUCUCAUCAUUAAAAAUGAGCAUUACACCCUCCCCGGUGUCCAGAAAUCCUUUUCCAGCUUAAAGGAGCUCACCAGCUAUUAUCAAGUGAACAUGCUGCUGCUGGCUGAGAUCCCUGUCAAGUUAGCUCGCUGCUGCCCACCCCGACCUAAAGAGCUCACCAACCUGAUCAUCGUACGCAACAGCAGCGCAGUUGAAGCGCAGGGGUCGCCGACGCCAGACAGAAACAAGUUCAGUCACAUCCAGUUCCAGAUGAUCAAAUAUGAAGACCUGAAGUGGGGGGAAAGCCUUGGAAGGGGAUCCAUCACACGGAUUUUUAAAGGUUACAAAAUCGACACACUUGAUGGGGAGGAACACCAGACCGAAGUUCUCCUGAAGGAACUUGAUGCUGCUCACAAAAACUACUGGGAGUCGUUCUUCGAGGCUGCGAGUUUGAUGACUCAGAUUUCACACAAACACCUCCUCUUUGUGUACGGUGUCAGUGUUCACGGAGUGAAGAACAUCAUAGUGCAGGAGUUUGUCAAGCACGGGGCCCUUGACCUUUACUUGAAGAGGGGGAGAUCUGUAUCAGUGAGCUGGAAACUCAACGUGGCCAAACAGCUCGCCUGUGCCCUCAGCUUUCUGGAGGAACACAACAUUGUUCACGGAAACAUUUGUGCCAAAAAUCUGCUGCUGGCGAGAGAAGGUGACCAGGGCAGCUCUCCGUUCAUCAAGCUGAGUGAUCCGGGGAUAAAUGUGGCCAUGCUGGGCAAAGAUGUUAUCCUGGACCGGAUUCCUUGGGUGGCACCGGAGGUGCUUGAGGCCCCAGGAAACCUGAUCCUGGAGUCUGAUAAGUGGAGCUUUGGUGCCACGGUGUGGGAAAUAUUCAACAACGGAAACUCCCUGCUACAAGGCUGGAACCUAGAACAGAAGCAGAAGUUUUAUGAGAACCGGAAGCAUCUGCCCCCCUCCCAGUGGACGGAGCUGGCAGAUCUCAUCGAUCAGUGUAUGGACUACGAGGCAGCAUUCAGACCUUCAUGUCGCAGUAUCAUCCGUCAGCUCAACAGCCUCAUCACAUCAGACUAUGAGAUCCUUCAUUCCACGGAGCCGGUAACACAGAGCCCUAUGUUCAGGAAUCCCAGCCCGGCUGAGCUUGAACACCCUUUGUUUGAGGAGAGACACUUAUGCUUCAUCUCCCAUCUGGGAAAGGGAAACUUUGGCAGUGUGGAACUUUGCCGUUACGACCCUCUGGGUAACAACACCGGCGAGCUGGUUGCUGUGAAGAAGCUGCAACCCAACAAGCAGUCAAGCCUGGAGGACUUCCAGAGGGAGAUUAAAAUGCUCAGUGUUUUACACUUUGACUACAUCGUCAAAUACAAAGGAAUCUGCUACAGCAUGGGACGCCGCAGUAUGAGUUUGGUGAUGGAGUACGUGCCGUACGGCAGUCUGAUUGGCUACUUGGAGAGGAACCAGCACAGCAUCAACUCCCGGCGGAUGCUGCUUUUCGCUUCUCAGAUCUGUCAGGGGAUGGAGUAUCUGCAGAGUCAGCGUUAUGUCCAUCGAGAUCUUGCAGCCAGAAACAUCCUCGUUGCAAGCGAUUCUCUGGUGAAAAUAGCAGAUUUUGGACUGACGAAGGUCAUUCCCACUGACAAGGAGUACUACCGUGUGUCACAGCCUGGAGAAAGUCCCAUCUUCUGGUACGCCCCAGAGUCCAUCAAUGAGUCCAGGUUCUCCCACAAAUCAGAUGUCUGGAGUUUUGGAGUCGUUCUUCACGAGAUCUUCUCCUACUGUAACACAAACUGCAACCCAAAACGACUUUACAUGCAGGAAAUUGGACACAACAUGCAAGGAGCAUCCAUUUCUAUGCAUUUGGCAAAUCUUUUGAGGAAUAACUGGAGGCUGCCGCCGCCUCCGAACUGCCCACCGAAGGUCUACAGCUUGAUGCAGCAAUGCUGGUUGUACAGCUUCGAUGAGCGACCGUGUUUCUCCAGCCUGGGAAGCCAGAUUGAGAGCAUCAUGCAGGAUGAAAGAGAAAACCUGAAAGGCUGAGAAGGAGAUGAAAGUCUCCACAAAGAAGAGAAGCAGAAAAUUAACUUUUUAUGUCAUGCUUGGUGUGCAUCAGUCACUGAAAAACAAGAAAAGUUUUUCAAAAUUUGGUCGGAUAGAUUUUUAUAAACCAACAGAGUGCAGGUUUGAUAUAUUUCAUCUUUGUAAAUACGUUUUUUGGACUAGUGCUUGUUACCUUAUAUAUAAUUAUCGGUAUUUUCAGUUAUAUAAAAAAUAUUUUUUUCCUUAUUUUCUCAUUGAUAAAGUAAAAAAAAAAAAAAUGUUGCAUUGCUUUUUGUACAUGAGAAUCUGAA